AUGAAGAAGAGAGAGCAGAAGGGGAAAAUCACACCCUUGUCAUAUCUGACCAUCACAGAGAAUUUGGCAUUGAAAGGAACGGCUGUACAGUCGAGCACAUUUUACACUUCUGGAGCUGCACAGGCCAUCGACGGCAUCAAAUACUCUCCUUCAGGUACACCCACUCCAGACGAAACCCAUACAUACUGCUCCAUCACAUCAAAGGAGCUCAACCCAUGGUGGAGGCUGGACCUGCUGGAUUCUUACAACAUUUCCAACGUGACCGUCACAAACAGAGGUGACGGCUGGCUGGAGCAAACGACUGGAGUAGAGAUCCGCAUCGGAAACUCUCUGGAAAACAACGGAAACAACAAUCCCAGAUGUGGUGUCACUUCACUUGUCCCAUUAGGAAGUUCUGUCAGUUUCUCUUGCGGUGGAAUGGAAGGUCGUUAUGUGAACAUGUACCUUCCUAACAUCCAGAUGUGGCUCACGCUGUGUGAGGUGGAGGUUUAUGGAACAGAUAAUUUGGCAACAGAAAGAAACGUCACACAAUCAUCAACCAAUGGCAGCUGGAUCUCUGAACAGGCCAUUGAUUUCAAUCCAGGAUUCACACAACCGUCAUCAGCAUGUUCCUCAACCAAUGUUCAGACUAACCCAUGGUGGAGGGUGGAUCUGAGUUCUGUGUACAGAGUAAGUAGUGUCGUAAUCACAAACAGACUAGACUGCUGUCCUGAACGAAUAAAUGGAGCGGAGAUUCGCAUCGGAAACUCUCUGGAGAACAACGGCAACAACAAUCCCAUAUGCACUGUGAUUUCUAGCAUUCCAGCUGGUGUUUCCUCCACCUACAUAUGUAACGAUAUGGAGGGUCGAUACGUGAAUCUGAUCAUUCCUGGAGAUUCAAGGAUUCUUACCCUGUGUGAGCUACUUUUUUACUUUUUAAGAUAUUCUCAUUUUAUUAAAGUGGUUUUUAAUAUAGUUCCAAAUAAAUGA